AUGGGAGUUCCCGGUUGUCGGCCAAUCAAGCAAGAGAAGGCAGAAAAGCCUAAGAAGAGCAUUACCUCAGAGGAGGAAAGCGCGCCACUGAAUAAUGCUGCGAAUGAGACUGCAGCAGCGGACUGCGGUGUGCCAAGUGUCAGCGAACCGUGUGAUGAAUUAAUGGAAGUCGAUGAAAAUAUUAUUGAAGGCCUAAGUAAUGAGGAAGAACCAAUGGAAAUUGAUUUCGUUGUCGGAGAAGUGCAAGCCUUUCGUCGUGACUAUUAUUUUUGUCCAGAUAUAAUUUCAAAGGAUGUUGAAACGAUUACGAAUUCCACAAAAUGCAUGGGUGGUGAUGGAGCUGGCAAAAGUGCAAUUGUGAUAGUUUUUGAUACGAGCUGUCUUUUACAGGAUACAACAUUGCUCACUCGUUGCAUCCAACGGCUCUACCACGCUGUUAUUCCCUAUACGGUCGUGAGAGAGUUGGAUGGCUUGAAAAAAUCGGUAUGUUUCUACUACUGGUGCUCUGUUUUCGCAGUUGUUUCAAGUAUUUCUUCGAAGGAGGCGGGAGUGAGUUCCCUCAUUCUGUACACGCUCGUUACUCUUCGUCUGCUGCUUUAG